CUAGCAUCAAAGUUCAUCCUGUCCACGACCACAUUGUCACCAGCCAAUAGCCCAUCUCUAACGAGAUCCUCCACCUCCUGCCGUCUUCUGUUAGGACUAUCGUCCUGCGAUGCUCUGAUCCAUUUCCGGCUGAAGGAGUCCAGAUUCAGUGCGGGAGACUCAGUUACGAGGCACUGUGCCAGAGCUGUCUUGCCACUCGCAGGGAGUCCGACGAGAAGCAGGAGGAUCGGGGACUGGUACUGUUUUGUCAGCGAUCUGAAGGCGGCAGAAUCCUCACUGUACUCGUUCUAGAUUGACUGCUAGCGAUAACUGGAUCCAGACCUAUCUGUUCAUGGGACAUGCUCCCAUCAAGGAGACUAUGACCAAUGUGUGCCGUGCCAGCUGGUAGUCAGACCAGCCUAGUGGUCAAGAGUUCAUCAAUCCAGAGAUGAAAUUUGUUGACAAAUUGAUUUUUCCGUUUCCACAUUUUUUCGUCAAUCCACCUCCAUGUUCAGGCCAAGACCAGCUACCGCUGGGCCGCAACAGCCAGAAGCUGGACCGUCGACUCAACAAGUGGUCAGCAAAGAUGCUGCUCUGCAUAAUGACCAGGCGGAUCCAGCGCUUGGUGCCGUAGUCGCCCCGCCUGGAGCUUCUGCUCCUGAAGGCUCAUUCGUCUCCAGGAUGAUGGCGGACAAUCCAUACUUUUCCGCCGGAGCCGGACUCAUGGGAAUCGGCGUCGUCCUAGCGUCUUUGCGACGAUCGAUACGGCUCGGGGCCACAUUUGCCCAACGUCGACUUCUGGUGACUUUAGAAAUUCCGUCAAAGGAUCGAUCUUACCCUUGGUUUCUCGACUGGAUGGCUGUCAACGCGCCUCAGCCAAAUCCUGCUGAAGGACGGACCAGUCUCAGAUCACUGCUCAAAGGCAAAUCCCCAAUGGCUCUUCCGAGUCACGAGUUGGCAGUUGAGACAAACUUUAAGCAGCAUGAAAAUGGAAGUACGGAGGCUGUGUUCAAUCUAGUACCUGGACCAGGGACGCAUUACUUCCGUUAUGCUGGAGCUUGGUUCCAGGUCAAGCGAGAACGAGAUGCCAAAUUGAUGGAUCUUCACUCUGGUACACCAUGGGAAACCUUGACGUUGACAACGCUGGCUUCAUCUCGUCAUCUACUGGCAUCUCUGCUGUCUGAGGCUCGAAACCUCGCUGAGAAUCAUAUUGAAGGCAAGACGCUGGUCUACACUGCCUGGGGCAUGGAAUGGAGGCCGUUUGGCAAGCCUAGACGGAGGAGGCAGAUGGGAAGUGUGGUGUUAGCGGAUGGCGUCUCUGAGAGAGUGGAAGCGGAUAUCAAAGGCUUCCUAGGGCGUGGAAAGUGGUACGCUGAGAGAGGUAUACCUUAUCGGCGAGGAUAUCUUCUUCAUGGACCACCGGGUUCUGGCAAGACAUCGUUCAUCCAAGCUUUGGCAGGAUCGGUCUCCUACAACAUCUGUCUGCUCAAUUUGGCUGAACGAGGUCUGACCGAUGACAAAUUGAAUCACCUGCUGGGGCUUGUCCCUGAGCGCAGUUUCAUCCUACUGGAGGAUGUGGACUCGGCAUUCUCGAGGAGGGUUCAGACAACAGAGGACGGAUUCAAGUCCUCCGUGACCUUUUCUGGCCUGUUGAAUGCCCUGGACGGAGUGGCAUCUUCAGAAGAGCGGAUCAUAUUCAUGACUACGAAUCAUCUCGAUCGGCUAGAUCCAGCACUCAUACGACCAGGUAGAGUGGACGUGCACGAGCUACUGGAUGAUGCACAUGGCGAACAAGCUCAGAGACUCUUCACCAAGUUUUACGGGUCUUCAGAGAGCGGAGAAGAGAGAGUGUGGCGCGAAGGUGAAGAGGUCUUGGAAAGAGAAGAGAUCGAACGUCUUGGCAGUCAAGUGAAGGAGAUAGUGGACGAGGCCAGAAGUCGAGGUCAGACCAUCAGUAUGGCGACACUGCAAGGACUGUUCAUCCGUAGUAGUGCCAGAGAUGGCGUGUCUGGUAUAACCAGACUGUGCCAAGGCAAUUGAAUGUAUGCCAAAGUGCCACUUUUGGAAAUCUCCGUUGAAUUCUCCGCCACGUUUCCGAGUUCGGUCAGUUGAAGGAGAGAGGCUAGGGGCGGCGCGCGUCCCAGUGUCACAUUGUGUUAUUAUAUGGGCUUAUUAUACCUCUCACUCACAUCGUUGGGCUAUCCUCUAAUUGACCAGCCUAUCGCCUGC